AUGCACCUUGUCUCUUUCCUCCCCGUUCUCUGCGGCUGGCUCGCAUUUCCCCUGGUUUUAGCCACGGUUCCAAUUCUCAACAACGACGUGACGCCCGAUCUUGUGGUUCCCAACCGAUAUAUCGUCAAGUACAAAGAUGCUGUCGCCGACAAGGGGCCGGUGCAAGCACGGCACGAACGGGCGGUCCACCGCGCGUCGCGGGCAGGUGGCAGCAUGAGAGGCAUCCUCGAUACCUUUGCUCUCCCCGGGCUGCGAGGCUACAUCGUCGAGAUUUCCCCUUCGGAACUGGGAAACCUCGUGGAGUCUGAUUUGCUCGAGUACAUCGAGAAAGACACCAUCACGACAACGGCGGCCAUAACCCCCACCGACCGUCAUUCCCAACACCGCAUGAUGACACAAUACGACGCCCCGCGCGGCCUCGUCCGCCUAUCCCACCGCUCCGCCCACACCACCUCCAACGAAUACCACUACGCCGCCACAGCGGGCCUUAACAUCCCCAUCUACGUCCUGGACAGCGGCAUCCGUAUCACUCACUCCGAAUUCCACCAAUCCCCCAACCCCAACACCCAAGGAUCCAGCACCAGCCGCGCUCGCUGGGGCGCCAACUUCAUCCCCUCCUCCCCCGAUACCGACGAAGACGGCCACGGCACCCACGUAGCCGGCAUCAUCGCAGGCACCACCUACGGCGUAGCCAAGCACGCACACGUCAUCGCCGUCAAGGUACUCGAUGGCACGGGGUCGGGCAGCAUGUCCGGUGUGCUGCAGGGCCUUGACUGGGCGGUUAAGGACGCGCGUGAUAAGGGCGUGAUGAGGCGCGCGGUGGUGAAUCUAUCGCUGGCUGGGGUGUAUACGCAGAGUGUGAACGAUGCGGUGCAGGCUGCGGUGGACCAGGGCAUGACGGUGGUGUGUGCGGCGGGAAAUACGGGGGAGGAUGCCGGGGGGUAUUCACCGGGGUCUGCGGCUGGGGCGAUUACGGUUGGUGCGGUGAAUGGGACGGGGACGGUUGGAGAGGGUGGUGAGAAUAGGAGGGCGACGUUUUCGAAUUGGGGAGGCGCAGUGGAUAUCUUUGCGGAGGGGGUAGCGGUUCUGAGUUCUGGGGCGCAGAGCGAUACACAUGUGAAAUAUAUGAGUGGGACGAGUAUGGCUGCGCCGCAUGUUGCUGGGCUGGCGGCGUAUUUUAUUGUUGAGGAGGGGUUGGAGGGAGAGAAGGUGAAGGCGAGGGUGUUGGCCGUUGCGGGGAAGGGGGUACAGGAUCGGAAAGGGGGGGCUGAUCGCGUGGCGUACAAUGGUGAUGGACUAUAA